AUGAAAUCCCCGAGUCUUUAUAUCGAAUUCCGACGCCACAAGACUGAAUUAAACACAAAGGAACUCUCCAGAGGACAAUCCGAAUGCCAACCAGUAGUGUUUGGCUUCUGUUUGCUUAGACGCCGCAGCCGCCAAGAACAAAUAUCAGGUGUCUGCGGCGAGGCGGCCUCCGUGAUCCAUAAUCCUCGCUCGCGCGCCCGAAAAAAGGCGGCAAGAAGAGUCCUUCGGGAGCCGACGGGAGCCACGCCGCCCACCGCGCAGGGGAGGAAGGGGCCGAGAGAGUGCGCGGCAGACCCCUUCCACUCACCCACUCCACAGCCCCUCAACCUCCACUCUCCCACUCCACGGCCCCUCAACCUCUACUCAUCCACUCAACAGCCCCUCAACCUCCACUCACCCUCUUCAGCUCACCAAUCCACAGCUGCUCACCCACUCCACAACACCUCAGCCUUCAAACCUAAACAGCCCCAUCCCUCGAUCACUCGCUCUGAACUUCCCCAAACAGCCCCUUCCCUCUCCCACUCCACAGCCCCUCAAACUCCACUCACCCACUCCACAGCCCCUCAACCCCCACCCACCCACUCCACAGCCCCUCAACCUUCACUCUCCCACUCCACAACCCUAGAAACUCCACUCACCCACUCCACGGCCCCUCAAACUCCACUCAUUCGCUCCACAGCCCCUCAACCCACCCACCCACCACAGCCCCUCAACCUUCACUCUCCCACUCCACAACCUAGAAACUCCACUCACCCACUCCACGGCCCCUCAAACUCUACUCAUUCGCUCCACAGCCCUCAACCGCCACCCACUCACUCCACAGCCCCUCAACCUUCACUCUCCCACUCCACAACCCUAGAAACUCCACUCACCCACUCCACGGCCCCUCAAACUCUACUCAUUCGCUCCACAGCCCCUCAACCGCCACCCACUCACUCCACAGCCCCUCAACCUCCACUCACCUACUCCUCAGCCCCUCAACCUCUACUCAUCCACUCCACAGCCCCUCAACCUCCACCCACUCACUCCACAGCCCCUCAAUCUCCACCCACUCACUCCACAGUCCCUCAACCUCAACUCACCUACUCCACAGCCGCUCAACCUUCACUCUCCCACUCCAUAGCCCUAGGACCUUUACUCACAUCACUUACUCACUCCACAGCUCGGGAACCUCUACUCAACCACUCCACAGCCCCUCAACCUUUACUCACCCACUCCACAGCUUAA